AUUUGUUUACCGUGUGUUAGGUUAUACAUAAAGAAAUACAAUCACACAAAUUAUUAUCUAAAAUACUUUUCAGCCAAAUUAAUUAGUAACGGUAAAGGAAAUGAAAAAGGGUCAAAACUCAAAGGGGUCGUUUGGAUUAGGGAAAUUGGGCAGGGAUUUGGCACAAUUUCUGGCCCGUCCAGGAAUUUAACACAUUCCUUUGUUUGGAUAACUCUAAAAAAAUGCAGGAUUUGGGCCUUCGGAAAUUUUAAAUUCGGCCCACACAGGAAUUAGAAAUAUCCGCCAACCCCCAAGUAUUUUAAAAUCAGGCCCCAAAAUUUUUGUUUCUGCCAAACGUACCCCUGCUAUCACCCUACUCCAGAUCCCUCUUCUCGACCAUUCUUCGGCGUACCCCUCCCUCUACACCCCGAAACCUCUCGUAUUCCUCCUCGCCGUCUUCAAAUCCAGAUCCUCCAUCCUUGUCCUAACCCGAGACCCUCAGCUCCGAAUCCAAAUCCUCCUCAAUGUCUUCCUGUGUUUUCCUCCGUUUUCGAUCGCCGAUCUCCCUUUCUCCGAUUCGGAAAGGAGGAUAAAUAAAGAGGGAAUUAAGAAGGAAGCAACAACAGUAGCUUCACGUCAAUGGCUGCGGGAUCGGCUGUGGUAGACGGGUUCUUCUGGAACUGGGUCUUCGAAGGCUCGCUGUCGGGCGUCCACCACGGGAUCGAGCGUCGGCCCUACCACCGCAACUGCAGUUGCGCGCUCCACGAAAAAACCCCGCGACGGCGGCGUUGGCGGCCCAGGCUGGGUUGGAACCGAGCAUGGCGAUGGAUCAUGGCCGUCGAUGGGCUAUUCCUCCUCCAUUUGCUCUACUUCGUCGGAGAUCUGAAGGAGGAGGGUCUCGGGAGAGACGUCCUAUUGUUGGAGAAUCAUACCGAUGUUGAUGUUGACGGAGGUUUUGGGGAAGUUCACCGGCAAUACUGAUGGGGUGAUUGCUCUGACGGGUAGGGAUUUGAUUUUCGUGUCGGUUGAUUUCUGCAAGCGGGUCUCCCCUCUGGAAUUGGGAUUACCCGACCCGGAUCUGAAAGACAAUUCUCGAAGCAUUUGUUGGAUCUCUUCUACUGCCUGAUGGUUGAUGCGAAGGAGAAUCCCAAAUCAAAAUCGGAAGGGUAAUCUUCCAACGAAUUGCCAGCGGAGAAGCCAGGAAAUUGUGCUGAGAGUCUCCGAUGGAGGAUUCUUGCGUGGCUGCGGAGGGUAAUUUCAAGAGCGCCUCCUGAAAUUUCAAGUGUCGGUUUUGGGGGUUUUUCAAACUUAUGCGCCGUCUAGAGUUCCCACUGCCGUCUCUGGGUGGUGGGUCUCGAAACCCAUGGAUUCGGAGGACGCAACGACGAGGAAGAAUCCCGUGAAGUCGACGGUAAGUGGCAGGGAAGAAUCAGAUGUUGGCUCCAAAGGACAUAAUUGUAAUUUAGGCAAUUACUUUAGAAUUAAAUUCCCUAACUAAUAAAUCUCCCAUCCCUAAAUAAACAAUAUAUUUAACCCAAAUUAUGGGUUUAAAAUACCAGGUUUUUAAUUGAACGAUUGUGAGCCAAAUUUCUCAUUAGCUAAAUUCUUAAUCCAAACGACCCCAAAAGGUAACUUAAAAUUUACAGAAAUUGUAGGGCGGAGAAGCCAGGAAAUUGUGCUGAGAGUCUCCGAUGGAGGGUUCUUGCGUGGCUGUGAAGGGUAAUUUCAAGAGCGCCUCCUGAAAUUUCAAGUGUCGGUUUUGGGGGUUCAAACUUAUGCGCCGUCUAGAGUUCCCACCACCGUCUCUGGGUGGUGGGUCUCGAAACCCAUGGAUUCGGAGGACUCAACGGAGGGGAAGAAUCUGGUGAAGUCGACGGUAAGUAGGGGUGUCAGUUCGGAUCGGGUUCCGUUACCCAAACCGAAACCCAAAAAAACCCGAAAACUCGAAACCGAAAAUCACUAAAACCGAACCCGAUAAGGACUUGCGGGUUCCGGUUACCCGAAACCCAAAAAUUCCUUAUCGGGUUCGGUUAAAGCAAAACCAAAACCCGAACGCCUAAAAAUACGGGCUGAGUUCUAUUCAUUGGAGGUUUUUAGCCGGAACCCGAAAAACUGAUAAGCAAAACCGAACCCGAAAAAUCCGAAACGAACCCGAAAAACCGAAAAUGUAUAUAAUCGGGUCGGUUUCGGGUAAACUCAAAAAACCGAACCCGAAUUGACACCCCUAACGGUAAGUGGUAAGGAAGAAUCAGAUGUUGGCUCCAAAGGACAUAAUUGUAAUUUAUGCAAUUACUUUAGAAUUAAAUUCCCUAACUAAUAAAUCUCCCAUCCCUAAACAAACAAUAUAUUUCAUCCAAAUUAUGGGUUUAAAAUACCAGGUUUUUAAUUGUGAAUGAUUGUGAGCCAAAUUCCACAUUAGUUAAAUUCUUAAUCCAAACGACCCCAAAAGGUAACUUAAAAAUUUAAAGAAAUUGUAGGGCCGGGGAAUGGAACCCAUACCGUCUUUGCAAGGAGCAGAGGUUAUGACCGCCGAGCUGCGGCAAAGUCGUGAUAUUAUGUAUCACAUUCGCCCAUUUAUACAUACUUUUAGUUUAUUCGUAAUUAUGACAAUUAACGACAAAUUCCUACGCAACUUUCAAAAUUCUCGAGGGGUCGGGGCCCCCUCAUCUCUAACCUAGCUUUGCCCCUAACCUCCAGGUUCAAUGCUAAUGAUAUUACAACAAGAGCAAACCCUUUUUCAUUUUGGUAUCAUAAUUUAUUAGAGUGGUAAAAGUUAUAAGUGACAUAUCUAAUAUAUAUAGGUGCUUGUGUUGGUACACCAAUUUUUUUUUGGGUGCAUUGAAUCUUAAAGUGGUCAUAAUACAUCGAAUUUUGAACU